AUGUAUUCGAGUGCACAUGAAGAGACAGAAAAAAAGGAAGAAUUAGGAAAAGAAUACUUUUCAGAAUACGAAAUCCCAAAAGAAGAGAGAAUUUCAAAGCUAAGACAGGUUCUUAAAGAUAAUGACCUGGAAGGGUGCAUUUUAUACAGAAGCGAUCCCCAUUUGAACGAGUACGUACACCCGCAUUACGAGCACAUUGCCUGGCUUACAGGAUUUACAGGCUCUAAUGCAACUCUUCUUGUUCUUCCAAACACUGUGUAUUUGUACACAGAUGCUCGCUAUUUUAUACAAGCAAAAAAGCAGCUAUCGAAUAAAGUGGAGCUUUCUCGGAUAGGAAUUGACCCUUCCAUAUCGGAGAGACUGCUUACCUGUAAUGCUGUGGUUGGAGUCAAUCCUCGGAAUAUAACACAAGCACAGUACAAUAGAAACUUUAAAACCCUGCACAAGCAUGCGGAUAUUGAGAUUAUAGAGUCUGAUCUGCUUGAAAGCCUAUGGACUUUGCGCCCAAAGAUUGAGUCAGGAAAUCUUGAGGUCAUGAAACACCAAGAGUCUGUUAAUGUAAAGCUACAGAAAAUUCGAAAAGAAAUGGAGAGCAAUAAGGAGAUGUAUUCUUUCAUGCCGCCUUUGGAUAUGAUAAUCAUUUCAGAUAUGGACGAGAUUGCCUGGGCCACGAAUUUAAGAGGAACUGACAUACCUAUGUCUAGGCUGUUUUACUCUUUUUUAAUUGUGACUGAUUCUACAGCGAUUCUUUUUACAGAUGCUAGUCUAACUAGUGAAAUUCCAAACAUUUUAGUAAUGCCAUACAGUGAAUUCGAUAACUAUAUCAAAGAAUUAAGUGGGCUGAGAAUUGGAGUGUCUACAAAUACAAACUAUCAUAUCGUGUGUUCGAUUGUUGAUGAUAACAAAGUAUGCGACUUCAAGGGAAUACUUAAUUUAAAGGCAAUUAAAACAGAAAAUGAGAUAAAUGGUUUUAAAGAAGCAAACAAAAGAGAUGCUAAGUAUCUGUGCAUGCUGUUUGGAGAGAUCAAAAAAAGACUAUCUGAUGGAGAGCAUGUAGGAGAGUUAGAAGCUGCUGAUAUGUUGCUAGAGUUAAAGUCUAGCGACUCGGAGUUUAUUGUUCCCAGCUUUGACACUAUUUCAGGCUAUGGAGAAAACGGAGCUUGUAUUCACUACUCUCCAGUUGACAAUACAACAAAGAUCGGUACUGAAAGCCUUUUUUUGAUUGACUGCGGCUCCCAGUAUACCAUGGGGACAACAGACAUAACCAGAACUGUCUGCUUUGGACAACCAACCGAGGAGCAAAGAAGAGAUUAUACCACACUUAUUAAAUCCCAUAUUGAUCUGGAAAACACACCUUUCCCAGAAAAAACAUCUCUUGGCGCUCUAUCCCCAAUAGUAAGAAAGCACGUCUGGAAGGAAGGCCUUGACUAUGGGCAUAGCACAGGUCAUGGUGUUGGCUUCGGUCUUAAUGUGCAUGAGGGCCCACAGACAAUGGACACUGCGUCACAGAUAAAAGCCGUUCCAGGCAUGAAUAUAACUAUUGAGCCAGGUAUAUACAAAGAAGGAAAAUAUGGAAUACGCCAUGAAAACCUAGGAAUAGUGAAAAAGUAUAACAAAAAGGCUGGAUUUUUGCGUAUACAAAAUAUUACGCCUGUGCCAUUGCACAUGGACUUAAUCAACCCCGAGCUUCUCACAGCAGAUGAGAUAGAUUAUAUCAAUGCGCAGUCUAUAUGGAUUAAAGAAAUGCUAGAGCCAGAGCUACUUGAUCACAAGGAAGGUCUUGCAUGGCUUUCUGAUAACACGCGCAAGAUAAGCAAGAAACAGAACUAA